AUGGGAAAGAUCCGAGAAACAGACAACUCUAUAGUUGGUACGCUAAACCUGCGCCACGAUCCACAGAAGGCUCGCAAUGUGAAUCCCACGCCGUCAUUGCAAUCGCUGGCGACGUCCAGCGCGAUCGAGAUGACCAAUUUAGUGCGAGUGCGAAAUCAGCACGGUCGUGACGUCACGCGCGGGAAUCCCCAGGAUACGAUGCUCAUGACGUCACUGUUGCUUACAACGCCUAGGGACACCGAGGACACCGAGAUCACCGUCGUCGCGAAGAGUCGGGAGCUUUCGGGCAGGGCGACUGAAGGGAUAACCACUAGUUAUGAUCUUUAG